UUCGCUCCAGCCAGGUGUAAUGUCACGCUUCCAUGGUUACGACCUCGUACAGGUAGGGCAACAGGUGAGCGGCGACAGGUGGGGAGGGCGGAAUCUUAGUCUCGCAUUCAAGAAGCCUUCAAUAACAUCGUGCAUACAGUAUUCCGUACCCAUUUGAGGUAAAACAACGGACUACGAAAAACAAACUCAGUAAGAAAAAUCCUGACGUUAUGGCAAAGGAGGGGACUAUUUCGUUUCGCGAUCUCCUCGCUCGAGUGGCUUCGGACCUGGAAAUCGGACAUGCCGAACACAUCCGACUGUUGUGCGAAGACUACUUUCCGGAAGAAACCCGAUUGGUUCCGAACAUAGCUCCGCCCACGGCCGAGUUUUUGAUUGACGUUCUCGUCUCACGACAAUUGGUGACCGAGACAGAUUUGAGUCUGUUAGUGGAGAUCUUAGUAUCGUGUCAGAGGCAUCAGACCUUGGAGGAUGAGGUGCUUCCUUACGUAGAAAAGAGAGCAGAUGAGUUGAAGGGUUCCGUUAAACAAGAAGGACCGGGGUUGAAGCGCCUGUCCCACCCAAAGUUUGAGAAGCUCCGGCGGUACCUGGAACUGACCCGCCCAUCUGUGUACUACCUGUACGACAGGUACAGGCGGAAGUACCUUCAAGAUGACAGCAUGUUGAACGCCUUGUCUUACGUCUUAGGGGACACAUUCAGGCGUUACUUGGUGAUAUCAAAGACGUUUUUCCACGGCGCCAGGAACGGAGACUGUGAUCUAGUGGAGCGAUAUCAUGAGCUACCACAGAUCUACGGAGCCUGGUAG